AUGAAUUUAAUCGGAGAAAUCGUAGAGAAGGAAAUCGAGCCACCCGCAGAAUUUAAGGCAUCUGAUAUAACAUCAGGGUUCCCCGCAGCUGAUCUUUUGAAGAAGAAGCGUGCUCUGAAGUUCAAAUCGGCCCAAAAAGCAAAUAUCACCAAAGCACCAAAUAAUCAGAAUGACACCAAACCCACCAAAAAUACCCUGGAGGCCCAGAAAAUACACCAAGAGAACCUUGACAAGAUAGCAAGUAUGACUGAUGCUGAAAUUAUGCAAGAACAACAAGAAUUACUAAGUGGACUUGAUCCCAAUUUGGUCAAAAAUUUGCUUAAGCGAAGUACGGCUCGUUCGAAAGACCACCAUGAUGACCACCAGCAUGCGGAGGGGUACGAUGGAUGGAUAGGUGGCGCUAGGGAUGGAUCUAAGGCUGAUUUGGGUCACUUGGAUGAGAAUGAUGUAAAUCGAGCUCUAGGCUUGAACGACAGUACCAAGAAGUCAGUGAGUUUUGCGCCCACCAUAGACUACCAGGAGCUUGAUGACGGCGAAAAGCAGAAUCUUGGCACCUGGGAAGACGUGGACGAUGUGAAACAGUUGGCUGUUAAUACGAAUGCUGUUGAACCAGACGACCAGGUUGCGCCAGAAGAGUACCAGCUUUUGUCUGAGGAAGCAGAAAACGGAGAAGAAGGCGUUCAUUUUCCCAAGCCAGUAAGUGAUAAAGAUGAGGAUCUUGAUCUUGACGACCCCAAUUUUUUCGAUAAACUUCACGACAAGUAUUAUCCUGAUCUACCCAAGGAGACCAGUAAGCUCUCCUGGAUGACCACUCCCGUUCCACAAAUCGUCCACACUACGUAUGAGUCAGUUUCCGACAUACGAUUUGACUUUAAGGGAAACAUUGUCGAACUUCCAGACACAAAAGAGUCUAUUAAUAAGAUUCCGACCUAUCUAGGACUCCACCACCAUUCCGAUUCUCCAAAUCUUGCGGGCUAUACCUUGCCUGAACUUGCACAUUUGUCGAGGUCUGUAGUUCCUGGACAGAGGUGUAUCAGUAUCAAGACCCUAGGUAGAAUUCUUCACAAGUUGGGACUACACAAGUACAACGUUGCCGCAGAAGUGAGCGCUGAAAUCAACGAACAAUUUGAAGACAUGAUCUGGAGUAUUGUUGAAGAACUUCGCAUUAUAGACACCUUGACUGAGGCUGCGGACGAAAACAGAACCAAGAACUUGUCGGUUCGAAACUAUGCCUUGGAAGCACUUUGGUUGUGGAGACAAGGAGGAGGAAGAAAAGGUAGAAAAGAAAAGCAUUCCAUCGAGGAAAACAUAGAAGACUACAUUAGUUGA